AUGCCCAUCGAGGCUCUCCCGCAGGCCACAGUUCGAGCCAUUGGGUCGACAUCGGUUAUAUCCGAUCCCUGCUCUGUAGUGAAAGAGCUUGUUGAUAAUGCCUUGGAUGCAUCUGCGUCAUCCAUAAGCGUUGAGCUGUCCCUGAACACCAUUGAUGUCAUCCAAGUCAAGGACAACGGUAUCGGCAUUUCGGCCGAUGACCACCCCGGUGUUUGCCGGCAUGCAUGUACAAGCAAAAUUCAGACAGUCGAGGAUCUAAAGAAUAUCGGAGGAACAUCUUUCGGCUUCCGUGGCGAAGCUUUAGCGAGCGUGGUGGAGAUGUCAGGCGGCGUCACCGUUACUACGCGAACUACGUCAGAGGUAAUUGGAUCGUGCGUUAAGUAUAGCCGAGAGGGCGAGAUUUUGCAAAAUCAACGAACAGCCCACCCGGUAGGGACGACAGUUCGCGUCACGGACUUUCUCAAGCAUAUCCCUGUCCGCAGACAGACUGUGCUCAAGGGGACCGCGAAGGCUCUUGCGAAGAUCAGAAAACUUCUGCAAGCUUAUGCAUAUGCUCGGCCUUCUUGUCGGUUCUCUCUCAAAUUUCUCAACGCGAAAAAUGAGAACAACAACUGGAUGUACGUACCUAGUCCAGAGGCUGCAAUAAGCGACGCGGCAGCCAAGAUUGCUGGAAGAGACGCUUCUUCAUGCUGCAUUAUGAAGGAUGUUUCAUCGAACGUGAAUACCCAAAAUGAAAACAAUUUGACCUCGGGAACAUACCACCUGAGUGCCUUUCUUCCACGGCCAGAUAUAGACUUCUCCAAAAUAAAUCAUGUCGGCCAGUUCGUCAGUCUUGAUGGCAGACCAUUGUCCUCAUCCCGUGGAAUUUCUCAUGACAUUGUGAAGUUAUUCAAGUCUUACCUCCGCUCGGCUGCUUCCAAAGAUGAGUUUUCGAAGACCAUCGUCGACCCAUUUCUCUGUCUACAGCUCGAGUGUCCACAAGGUGCCUACGACGUGAAUAUCGAACCGGGAAAAGAUGAUGUGCUUUUCGAAGAUCGAAAAACGAUUCUGUCCUUGGCAGAAAGCCUAUUCGGAGAUUUUUACGGCCAGCUACCAGUGGACGCAAAGAAAAGCCUAACCAAAGACAAGUCUGCAUCUUCCACUACAGCGGGAACGGCCACUGGCUUCAAUAUCCUCAUGGCCAGAAAGCAGACUGAAAGGCCGCCACCUAAUCAACCAGUGAAUGUCAGAAAGCUCCCGGUCAGUCACUCUACCAGGAAGCCACCCUCUCAUCCCCCAUCCCAAACACGCACCGCCAUUUCUCCCCCGAGAGAUGAAACAAGAAACUCUCAGCCCGAGUGUGCCAAUGAAGAUCGCAGCCCAGCAGAUCGGAACUCACGUUUCAUCAAUCCAUGGUCUGUUACGAAAAUGAAUACUCCACUACACACUCCAGGGCGAUAUGGCCGAAAUGCUGCGAGUCGGACACCCCUAUCGCCGGACACCCAGCGCCUAGCCCCUACCUUGAGACAUACUCCUCAGUCUCCCCCGGACACACCUGAUGUCGCUCAUCCUGAAAGUCUAAGGGCUCCGUCGGGAUCUCCUAUCAGCAGGAGACGAGUACCCCAAAGCUCUGCGAGCCCUCCCUUAUCAAAAGAGCCCACGGGAAGUAGCUCGAAGAGAGAGGCAAGAGAGCGAGAUAAAGAACGUUACGGCAAUGGCGCUCUUGACACUUGGUUUCAACGGACAACCCAAAUUUCAAUGGGUCAAACCCCUCUCGACCAACCUCCCAGUAUUGAUGACUUGGUUCCCACCUUGUCACAACUAGCCCAGCAAAGAUUCGGCGCUGAGGACGACGUCCAGACUAUCGACAAUGAAAUCCCUGAGCUUUCCCAGGAUAUUCCGACCGGUACAUCUGGCGAUGCUGGAUCAUCAUCUUCUCCAGAGGACCAAGAGUCGACAGCCAAUGCACAUGAUACCUCCAUGAACAGUGGAAGAGGAUAUCCUGUUCUUGAACACUGGGCUGCCAGCCUCAAAGAUGGGUUCAAUGCCGGUGGAUCAUCUGGGUUAGAGUGGGCGAUGGACUUCGAACGACGCAAGAAAGAGGCCAACCAAAAACACCGCAGUCGCCCUGUUCCCGACCAGCAAACAAGCGAGCCAUCAAGUCAACCACAAAGCUCUCAAGCUUCACAGAGGCCACAUCAGAACCGAUUCAUCGCAGCCAAAGCCGCAUUGGCUGCCGACCGCCCUUUCGGCCCUGAGGUAACCUCCAAACCAGCCAUUACUCUACAUGACCCCAGGGCAUAUUUGAUGCGCCAUGAAAGUUCCAAGGCGUCCCGAAACCGGGCUUUGGAUGGAUCAAACAGCAGACGCCAUCAUACCAGCCGUUUACCUUUUGAACGGAUUCCUGAUGGCCAUGGUCUCCACGAUGUCUGUUUAUCCGUGCCAACAGAUUUGCCAUCGAUAUCUGACUCCUUUAAAGUUUCAACAUCGCACGACUCUUAUAUUAAUGGUGGCAAAGACACUGAAGCUUUUCUUGAUCCUGAAAUCAACACCCUAGUUCCCAUUUGGGCACAGCGGCUGCAAUCCAUCGUCGCUGGAGAGUACAAGGGAUCAGGCAGUCAACCCUGUUCUGAUCAAGCUGAUCUUGAAACCGUCAUCGCGAAGCAUCUGAAGCUUCGCUACUAA